GCCUUGCACAACAGCGUGCAGUUCACCUGGCACGAAUGCUCGAGCAACUGUAAAGAGCCCGUAUACGCAGACAGACAUGACGUCAGUGCGCCAAGUGCAGGUGGAGGAGUUGCGCCUCCGCCUGAAGCGGCGUCGCGACGAAAUCUACCACUUUUUAGAUGGACAGUUUUACGAGGACUGCCGGCGCAUAUUGGAGAGCGUUGCAGAGCUGGACAGCGACGGCGUGUUCUUAGAGAACCCCUCGAAUCUGCCGGACUACGUCCAGCAUGUGGUCCGGCCGAUGUACUGGGAGUUGAUCCAGCGCAAGCUGCAGCGGUACGAGUACAAGUCCGUUGAGGACUUCAUGGCGGACAUGCGGAGCGUCGUGAACAACUGCUACCUGUACAACGGCAUACAGGCGCCCAUCUCAAAGCUGGCACGGACGAUGGAGACGCUCAUGGAGGAUCGCUUCGUGAAGGAGCUGCGGGUGGCCCCUGUGGCUCCGCUGGAGGUGAAAAAGGCGUGUGCGGGCAUGUCCCCCGCGGACAGCCGCGAGAUUCUUCGUAUUUACGCACUCUACGAAAACCUGGAUGUGGGCGGUAUGUCGGGCAGCACCAAUAUUCAACUGCGCACGGCGAAGAGUUCCACGCUGCGUCGCAUGCUCGAGUACGCCCGCAGCACCGCGGAGCACCGUGACCGCAAGGCACAGGCGCGCCGCGUGGCGAGGGUGUCGCGUGCGUCGAACCGCAGACGGCAACACGUCUCUGUGACGCAACAAACUGCAAUGCAGCAGGAUGCCGACGUGCAUUUCCACCAAGACGUGGAGCCGCAUCUGGAGCAGGUGCCGCAGAACGUGCAAACGGCAACGCCGAUGAUGGAGGAGGUGAGCCCCAUCCGCAUCGAGGAAGAGGAGGGCGAAUGGUUUGACGAUGGCGAGUCUGACGAAGCGUCGCAGCCGUGA